AUGGCCUGUGUCCGCUGUGGCGAAAGCCACGCGGCCAAGGAUUGCCUGCGGCCCAAAGAAGUCCCAGCAACAUGUUGCAACUGCGGGGGGACUCACCCGGCCAACAGCUCUUCGUGCCCGGUCAAGUUGCGCGAGCUGCGGAACACGAAGGCGGGUACCGCGCCUAUGAUCGUUGCAAGAAGAGCCCCACUGCCACCUCCACCUCCAACAGUGGACCCCACCAGCGAGCCAACCGCGCGGAGCUCGCUUAUGGCCGCGGCGAACGGCCCAGACGGGCCCAAGCCGCGUAGGCCGAAGCGCAUCCGCGCGAGGGCAAAACCUGCCCCUGCAGCCACCAUGUCUGUCGAGCCGCAGCCGACACCGACGCCGAACCAAGCGGUCGCCGCCCCCCCCGGAGGGGGGAAGAAGGCGAAGCCCCCAGCGGAAAUACCACCGGCCCCAUCCAGCGAAAAACUGGAAGUGUUGGAGCAGACGAUUCAGCUGCUCCACAACGUCCUCGCUGCCAUCCGCUCACGGACUGACCCUGUGCCCAUCAUAGUGUAA